CGGGUGGGGAGAGCCCGGGAGGCGAGCGGGGGGAGAGAUGCCGCAGCUUUGCCAGCCUGGUUUCAUUUUUAAAGGGCUUCGGUGACCACGCAGGCUUCCCCGGGGCCCAGGAGCCACUUAAAGCAGCCCAGCCAAGGCUCGGAUGCAAAAGUUAUGUGGUAGCGGCUGCUACUAGCCAGGACUGGAGCCGCCCCGAGAGGGGCGUGUGAGUGUGCGAUUGUAGCAGCAUCUUAAAGGAGUAGCUUGGUCUUUCUGGCUGGCUUUUUCCCUCCUGGGUCUUUUUCCAUCGUGUGUGUGUGUUUGUGGUGGAGAUGCAUGUUGCAAGAACGCCUGGAUGUGUUUGUGAAAAGGAAAUUAACCCUUCUGUCGCGCCACUCCCCCACCCCAAUUUAAUCGCCGCCGUCGAGAGCCGCCCCUCCUUCUUCCUAUCCCCUUCCCCUCCCUCCGAAAACUGGGUGUGCGUGAGUUGCACGGAGAAACUCUUGCCCAGCCACGGCUGGAAACUUCUGUCCGACCGUGGAGGGGUGGGCUAAUGGGGGAAGGUAUUGCACGGGGUCCGGCUUUGGGGACGAUGUGGAGUCGAACCUCGAAGUGAGUGGCACGCCGAUGGGGGCGCAGGGGCAGCGGGAAGGCGGGAAGAGGACCAUCAGCUCGCGGGUCCGCCCGCUCGGGAGUAAGUUGCCUGGCUGGGCGGGGGGCGGCCGCGGCUGGGAGCAGCGCUGGGAAAAAAGAUGUAACCAAUUCCCGGACGCUUUGCCGGGGGUCUUCCAGUUAAGGGUAGGGGUGUCAAGGGAGGAGGCACCCUCGGUGCAGGCUGGGCCUUUAUUAAAGGCGUGAUUAUUAAUAGUUCCCGUGGCUUGCACUCAACUUUGGAAAGACAAAAAGCAGCUACGGGAUUGCCCGGCAUGUCCCCUGCGAUGCACGUCGUUUGCAACCCGCCCGAAGCGCGGACUCGAGCCGGCUCCUUGGCGUCCGGGGCCGGGAGCUGACCCCGCCCGCCGGCGCCCCCGCCCCGCCCCGGCCCCGGCCGCCCAGACGAGGCCUCCUCCUCGCGCGCCACCCCCCGCGCUCAACUUCUCGGGGCUCCCGGGCCUCCCAGAGAAAGGAGGAGCCGGAGAAGCCUCCCUUCCGGGGCUGGGGGCAACCGGGGCCGCCGGAACCGUGAUGCUCGCUAAGGCGGCGGUGUUGUUGCUAAUGAGCUCUCUCUCCUCCCCUCUUACAAUGAAAGACAAGCCAGACCCCCGGUACCUGGAUGGAUUGAGAGCUGAAGUCUCAGAAACUUCAUAAUAAGUUGCCGAUGGCGACCAGCCAAGGCCGGAGGGGUGUUUUGCUGUUGUGUUGGGGACAUCACACAUUAAGGGCCCUUUAAAGACCCGGAUUGAUUGGAAGGACAAAAAUUAAAAGCAAUCUGAUCCGACCUCAUGCCAGAUCCCUGUGGAUUUUCUCCCUAUCCCAUUUCCAGCCACUGUCACAAUUUGAGAAUCUGCCUGAUUUGAUCGGACUCACCUCCGGGAGAGGUAUAAUGCCAAGGUCAGGAGGACACGAAGUUAUGGGCGACUUUUUGAUCUGCCCAUCAGCAGUCUGAGAAACGCUGGCUCUGAGUUUUUCGUAUCGGCCUUCUGGAAAAAACAAGUUCCUCGCUCUGUGCAACCUGGCAGUGCUCGAGUCCCUGGGAUAUCGGGCCUCCACCGCCUGGUAGAUGUGGCAUUUCCAUGCUGAGGUUGCGAGUCCCGCCUGACCCAGUCGCCGCCUGUCCAGGGCCUCUCUGGGCCGCGCCCCCGCGGACGGCACAGCCAUGCUGCACCUGCUGGCGCUCCUCCUGCACUGCCUCCCGCUGGCCUCAGGGGACUACGACAUCUGCAAAUCCUGGGUGACUACAGAUGAGGGCCCCACCUGGGAGUUCUACGCCUGCCAGCCCAAGGUGAUGCGCCUGAAGGAGUACGUCAAGGUGAAGGUGGAGCCCUCGGGCAUCACAUGUGGAGACCCCCCUGAGAGAUUCUGUUCCCACGAAAACCCCUAUCUGUGCAGCAACGAGUGUGACGCCUCCAACCCGGACCUGGCCCACCCGCCCCGGCUCAUGUUCGACAAGGAGGAUGAGGGGCUGGCCACGUACUGGCAGAGCGUCACGUGGAGCCGCUACCCGAGCCCGCUGGAAGCCAACAUCACCCUGUCGUGGAACAAGAGCGUGGAGCUGACGGACGACGUGGUGGUGACCUUCGAGUACGGCCGGCCCACCGUCAUGGUCCUCGAGAAGUCCCUGGACAACGGGCGCACGUGGCAGCCCUACCAAUUCUACGCCGAGGACUGCAUGGAGGCCUUCGGCAUGCCGGCCCGCCGGGCCCGCGACCUGGCCGCCUCGGGCGCCCACCGCGUGCUCUGCACCGAGGAGUACUCACGCUGGGCCGGCUCCAAGAAGGAGAAGCACGUGCGCUUCGAGGUGCGGGACCGCUUCGCCAUCUUCGCCGGCCCCGACCUGCGCAACCUGGACAACCUCUACACGCGGCUGGAGAGCGCCAAGGGCCUCAAGGACUUCUUCACCCUCACCGACCUGCGCAUGCGGCUGCUGCGCCCGGCGCUGGGCGGCACCUACGUGCAGCGGGAGAACCUCUACAAGUAUUUCUACGCCAUCUCCAACAUCGAGGUCAUUGGCAGGUGCAAGUGCAACCUGCACGCCAACCUGUGCUCCGUGCGCGAGGGCAGCCUGCAGUGCGAGUGUGAACACAACACCACCGGUCCCGACUGUGGCAAGUGCAAGAAGAACUUCCGCACCCGGUCCUGGCGGGCCGGCUCCUACCUGCCGCUGCCCCACGGCUCUCCCAACGCCUGUGCCGCUGCGGGCUCCGCCAUUGGCAGCAUCAGCAGGUCCCGGAAAGACCCUGCCCCCAAAGCCCCUGUGGCCACUGUGGCCGUGAAGGGGGACCCUGCCACUCCUGCCCCCAGCAUGCCCACCGCUUGGGCCCCCAGGGCCCCCAGCAACCCACAGCCCACAGAGUGGAUCAGGCCACCUACAGCCGCCCCCCUCGGGAAGAGCCCCCCCUGGCCCCAGGUGUCCUCCAGUGCAGAAGCUGUGGGCACCUCUGCCACUGCCCCUGCCAAGGCCUCCAAACCCUUCCAGCUCAGGCCCAAAUCUCCGCAAGUGAUGCCUCUUGAAGAAUUCCAAGACUGCGAGUGCUACGGCCACUCCAACCGCUGCAGCUACAUUGACUUCCUCAACGUGGUGACCUGCGUCAGCUGCAAGCACAACACGCGAGGCCAGCACUGCCAGCACUGCCGGCUGGGCUACUACCGCAACGGCUCCGCCGAGCUGGACGACGAGAACGUGUGCAUCGAAUGUAACUGCAACCAGAUCGGCUCCGUGCACGACCGGUGCAACGAGACAGGCUUCUGCGAGUGCCGCGAGGGCUCGGCGGGGCCCAAGUGCGACGACUGCCUCCCCACGCACUACUGGCGCCAGGGCUGCUACCCCAACGUGUGCGACGACGACCAGCUGCUCUGCCAGAACGGCGGCACGUGCGUGCAGAACCAGCGCUGCGCCUGCCCGCGCGGCUACACCGGCGUGCGCUGCGAGCAGCCCCGCUGCGACCCCGCGGACGACGACGGCGGCCUGGACUGCGACCGCGCGCCCGGGGCCGCCCCGCGCCCCGCCACCCUGCUCGGCUGCCUGCUGCUGCUGGGGCUGGCCGCCCGCCUGGGCUGCUGAGCCGGCCCGCGGGACCCGCGGCCCGGGAGGGCCGGUGCGCGCGCCCUGCGCCCUGCGCCCGGGAGCCGGGCCGGCGGCGGGAAGGGUGCGGCCCGAGCUGCUCCCAGGUGCUACUCAGCAGAGUCCUCCCGCCCCCUCAGUGGCACCUGCCCCCUGCCCGGCACUGCAGCAGGGGGCGCCGUGGGGCCCCGGCCGCAGCGACCUGCGAUUUUGGUCUUAGUUUUUCUUUUCUAUUUCCCGCCGCCCCGCCCCCCCUUUUUUUGGCAGGCGGUGAGGCAGGGGGUGGGGGAAACGCUGCUCACCCCCGACUCCCCCAGGUCCUGCCUCCCACCCCACACACACACAGACACACGACUGUUGCGGACGCGCCCUGCGCCGGGCCCGGCUGCCCAUCAGCGGCCGCCCCGGAACUCCAGCUGCCUACAACUCCAGCCGCUACCUUGAUUCUCUUUUAUAUUCUCUCUUGGUUUUCCUUUGCAACCCACCAGACCCCAGGCCCCCGGAGAGGCCUGGUGACCAAGGACCCCGCCGUCUGCGGGACGGAGUUAGGAAGGAGGGUGGGGAGGGCUGGAAACUUUGUUUUGUAGAGAACUAUUUUUGUUUGUAUUACUGUCCCCUGUAAGGAGGGACCCGAGCCCGACGCCGCUCACCCCCCGGGUGGUUGAUGGUGUAUAAUCCGACAGAGUAAAGAAUCUGCUCACUGCUGCCUCCA